GACCCCAUUGCCAUCACUACUUCGUACUCUUCUUCUUCUUCCUCUGUCUUCCCGCCGCAAACUCUCGUCUUCAACAAACGUAUCCACCAUGGCGCCGUUCCCAUUUCUCAAUCUCUCCGGCGCUACGUCAUCCGGGCUCUGCCCGUUAUCGAAUAAAUGAAAAGAACUUAUCCCAAUUUUCCCGCCAUGUCGUUCUCUUCAACUCCGGCUCGAAUAACCCUGCUCGCUCUCCUCUCGGCCACCUCCAUCUACUGCUUCUACAGGUCUCGCCGUCUCAAGCUACUCAAGCUCUCCGUAAACGCUAACCUUAUUCCUCAAUCCAAUGGUCAACCUGAUGUUUCAUUGAAGAGAGGGAAGCUCUUCUUCGUCUCCCAAACCGGGACUUCCAAAACCCUAGCUUUCCAGCUCCACGGUCUCCUGACCUCUAGCGGGAUCUCGUUCGAACUUGUCGACGUGAAAAGCUACGAGCCGGAGGAUCUGGCUAAGGAGAGUCUAGUUUUGAUUGUUGCUUCCACUUGGGAAGACGGGAAGCCGCCGGCGGAUGCGAAAUUCUUUGCCAAUUGGCUCGCGGAGAGCGCCGAUGAUUUCAGAGUCGGCUCGCUGCUGCUUUCUGAAUGUAGAUUCGCGGUGUUUGGAGUUGGGAGCGGAGCUUAUGGGGAUUCAUAUAAUGCGGUCGCUAGAGAUUUCAGCAGACGGUUGAGAGGAUUAGGUGGCAAUGAGAUUUUGCCGAUUGGGGAAGGCGAUGUCGAUGGUGGGGAGCUGGAUAGCGUUUUUGAGGAAUGGAGCAGGAAGAUCGUCAAGGCAUUGAAGGGAAGUGGGUUGGAGAAUGGGGUCAGUGCUGAGCAGAGCUUCAAUGGUGGAAUUGGUGACGAAUUCUACAGUGAUGAAGAUGAGGAGGAGGAGGAGGAGGAUGACCUGGAAUCGGUGGUCGUUGAUCUAGAGGAUAUAGCAGGGAAAGCCCCAUCAAAGAAAUCUGGUGGUGCAGCUACUCAAACUAAUGGGAAACUGAGCAAUGGCCUUAAAGAAAUGGUGACUCCUGUGAUUAGAGCAAACUUGGAAAAACAGGGUUACAAAAUCCUUGGCUCGCAUAGUGGUGUUAAGAUCUGUAGAUGGACUAAAUCUCAGCUCAGAGGUCGAGGAGGUUGCUACAAGCAUUCAUUCUAUGGGAUAGAGAGUCAUAGGUGUAUGGAGGCCACUCCAAGUUUGGCUUGUGCCAACAAGUGUGUCUUCUGUUGGAGGCACCACACGAAUCCUGUAGGAAAGAGCUGGCAGUGGAAGAUGGAUCACGCGUUGGAAAUUGUUAAUUCUGCCUUAGAUCAGCAUAGAAAGAUGAUCAAGCAAAUGAAAGGAGUUCCUGGUGUUACCCAGGAGCGAUUAGCUGAAGGUCUCUCUCCCAGGCAUUGUGCUUUAUCACUAGUCGGUGAACCUAUAAUGUAUCCUGAGAUUAACACUCUUGUGGAUGAACUACAUAAAAGGAGAAUAUCAACUUUCCUAGUGACAAAUGCUCAGUUCCCAGACAAAAUAAAAAUGCUCAACCCUAUCACUCAGUUAUAUGUUAGUGUAGAUGCUGCAACAAAAGAAAGUCUGAAAGCAGUUGAUAGACCACUCUUUGGAGACUUCUGGGAGCGGUUCACUGAUUCGUUGACAGCUCUGAGGGAUAAACAUCAGCGAACUGUGUACCGUUUGACACUGGUCAAAGGGUGGAACACAGAAGAGUUAGAUGCUUAUUUUGAGCUAUUCAGCCUUGGGCAGCCCGAUUUUGUCGAAAUCAAAGGCGUCACUUACUGUGGAUCGUCUGCAACAUCAAAACUGACGAUGGAGAAUGUGCCGUGGCAUGCUGAUGUGAAGGCCUUCUCAGAGGCAAUAGCACUGAAGAGCAAAGGGGAGUACGAAGUUGCUUGUGAGCACGCCCACUCGUGUUGCGUCCUGCUGGCUAAAACUGACAAGUUCAAAGUGAACGGCCAGUGGUUUACCUGGAUAGACUAUGAGAAAUUCCAUGAUCUGGUUGCUUCUGGGAAAUCCUUCGACAGUACGGAUUACAUGGCUGCAACACCUUCAUGGGCUGUAUAUGGCGCUGAAGAAGGUGGAUUUGAUCCUGAUCAAGCUCGAUAUAGGAAAGAGCGGAAUCAUAGACCAAAGCCCUGAUCGAUCAGGAGUAGGAGGUCCAUCAAAGAUCAAACAUUAUCUAUGGAGGCGGAGGGCUCGUCGAAGGUGUUGUAAUUCGUCGCUGCCGCCACCUUAUCACCACCGGAGGACGACGACGACUACGUUCCCACAAUGUAUUGAAGCAGCAUCGAGGCGCACCUGUAGGCUAUCCAGACGACGCAGAAGUAGAUCCAGUCCUCAACCGAGGUCCGGUAAACGAGACGCUGCAUCAACAGGCCGACGAGGGCAUCUUUCACCUCAAGACCCGGAACGGCGUCCCAGUACUUGAGGUGAACGUACAACGUCAUCGUCGCCGACGUCAACAAAUCGAUCAGGUCCGUUGCGCACGACGAGGGGGGAUCGUGGCCGCAACCAAAACGAUCAUGAGAAGGUAGAUGGCUCGCUAGCAGAGCCGCCACCAGGACGAGAACAUCCAGCAGCAACAGUCUCGUUUACCAUGAAAAUCCAGUGGCGAACUGGUAGAUGGCCCUAACCAAGCAUCCAGCCCAAACGUAUUGAAUUUGAGGCUGGGAAGCUGCUGACAUAUUUCAGCCAUGCUUUAGUUCGCCGUGCAUGUUGUUUGCUGAUUUCUUGGCUUGUUCUCUUCGUUCCUGAAGUUUGCUGUGUCUCAUCAGUUUCCACCAAUCCUAACCUCGUAGCCAUUAAGGAAAAGUUAUAAUGAUUGAUUUGGGUUAUGGUCUCUGAACUAUGCCCUAAAGGGUAAUACAAUCUUUGCUUUCUGUACCGUGGCGAAGUAUGAAUGAAGAAGGGGUGGAAAUAAAUAAAUAAAAGCAAUCCAGAAAUCCACCUUCUCCUCAUUUUUUGCUGGUACAGGGGACUAGUAAUUCACAGACGAAAAAACACCGAAAGAUUUUGUGUUUGUUUCUGUGUUUUGUAGUGGUUGGUGUUAUGAUAUCUCUAUCAGCUGCUCUUUCUGGGUUUGCUCUUCCUGCGGCUGCUUCUCCUAACACCAGCAGCAGCAGCAGCAGCUUGCUGUUCCACUUGUAAUCCAGCUUCCCCUUUCUUCUCGCUGACUUUAACCCGUUUCGUCGAUUCCUUUUCUUCUC